UCAGGCCUAUUGAAAACAAAACAACGAAAUGCAGGUGUGAUAACGGUGUGAUUCAUAAUAGGCAUAACAAUUGUUAUACAAUUGGCCGACUUCGUUGCUAUUAUUUAUCGGGAAACUAUGUCGGUGUAUUCUUAGCCUAGGCGUCGUCCGUGCUGUGCUUUUAAAAUCUUGCAAGUGAAAGUCGGAACAGUGGUUAACCUUCCUGUGGUUGCUCGUACCAGGAUACAGGCAAAUUCUGUUCUGAAGCCCCAUGUCGCAGUAAGGGGAGAAAAAAGAGUUGUGAAAAGUCAGAAGUAAUUUGGAAAAUGGCUGUGAAGACGUUUCUAGUGGCUAUGAAUUUCCUUCUUUAUGUCUAUGGAGAAAACCUACCUGAAGGCUUGGUUAUAAAGACAACAACAACAAGGAGCCCUACUACUCUACCAACAACAACAAAAACAAUAACAAUAAAGAAAUCAACUGUUAAAUCAACUCAACUGACUAGCACCAAAAGAACUUCAUCUACAGAAGAUGUAGCAACUUCUGGCAUGGCUAAGGCAAAAAUCAGUACCACGUUGACCCCCAGAACAUACAAAAGAACUGGUAGAAAUUUGGAUCGAUUCCUGACAAUAAUUCCAAUUAACUUAACAAAAGCAAAGGGCAGAAAAGAUAAGAAGAAGAAAAAGGAAAGCCAAUCUGCAAAACAAACUGCAAAGAGACUUGUCCCAAAAAAUAAAUUCGAAAAGAAAUUAAAAAUUCCAAAACCUACAGAGAAAUUGCCAAAACAGACAAAAAAGAAGCUUAAAAAAGUGAGGAAAGAAACAAGGAAAUUAAUGAAAAGGACCAGAUCCAAAUUUAGAAUGCUGAAAAGAUCACGAAAGAAGAGAAUAAGGUUAGAGGAGAAAUCCUAUAUGAAGGAGUUUUUAAGGAAUUGCUCGAUGCUGCUCCGUUCGAUCAAAGAAGAGAAGAGAGAGAGGAAAAGAAGACGAAAUAAUACAGUUACAUUUGGAGAAGAGGAGGAACCUCCAAACAGCUACGAAAUUGUCCAAACAUUGAACAGUUUUGGAACCGACCUUGCUUAUUCUUUGGGGCAAGAGAGAGCGAGAAAUAAGAAAAAGAAAGAAGUUCUUCCAGUAUCAGUUGAUGAAAUAGAUAUGGAGGUAUCAGUUGUUUCAACAGAGCAAUUUACGGGAUACGUCUUUCCGGACCCAUCAAGUAACCUAAGUGUCUCAGAGAGCAUAAAAUUGCCUUCGGGCAUUUUCAAAGACACAGCCACAGGAAAUGGAACGAUAAUUUCAAUCGUUUAUAAUGCUCUUUUUGAGAUGACAGAUCAAAAUUCCACAGGAUCGUUAUCAGGUGCAACCGUGAACAGCAAAGUGUUAUCCACAACUGUUUAUCCACCCCCAACUGGUAUACUCAAAGAGCCAGUCGAAAUUGUAUUAACCCAUUUACAAAAGCCCAACUCCACUACACCGGAGUGUGUGUUUUGGCGCGUUAAUCAAAGCAAUCCAUCUGAAGGAGAAUGGUCAACAGAAGGUUGCGUUGUCGCAAAAUCAAAUUCCAGCCACACUGUCUGUCGCUGUAAUCAUUUAACAGACUUUGCUGUUCUUUUUAGAGUUUCGAAAACGAAAAAGAUCUCAGUCGAGCAUCGCCAAGCAUUGCAGAUCGUCAGUUUAGUUGGCUGCUUUAUCUCUGCUGUUUGCCUGUUAAUCACUGUUCUCGUUUUCCUAAUUCUUAGAAAGCUCCUUCGAUCCACGCGGAAUUUGAUUCACUUGAACCUGGCAGUCGGAUUACUGUUCGCCAACCUCCUUUUCAUGAUUUCAGGCAAAGUCGUGUCAAGCAAAUAUGCGUGUCUUGCUGUGUCGAUCUCCCUGUUCUACUUCUUCCUGGCUGCAUUUUUCCUGAUGCUUGGAGAAGGCAUUUACAUAUGGAUAAUGGUUGCGAAGGCAUUUUCACAGAACUUAAAAGCUUGGAUGUACAUGCUCAUUGGCUGGGGCCUUCCUUUGGUGAUCGUUGGGGUUUCUUUUGGCAUCUUCCGCCUCAAUAUGGUUGCUGAAAACUUCUGUUGGCUCUCUGUCCAGAGUGGGGCUAUAUGGGCAUUUGUUGGCCCUGUUAUACUGGUCAUAUCGGUGAAUCUUUGUAUUAUUGUAAAGGCUUUGUGUACUGCUGUUGAGCACCAUUCUGAUGGGCACAGCUUGAAGGUCUCGGGACGCUUAGCUUUAGUACUCAUGCCAAUUCUUGGACUCACGUGGCUCUUUGGUAUCUUUACUAUGAACGAACAGACAGUGGUAUUUGAAUACCUCUUCACAAUAUUCAACUCACUUCAGGGCUUCUUCAUUUUUGUCUGCUACAUUAUCCUCAAUAGAGAAGUAAAGACUGAAUACCAGAAGAUGAAGACACAAAAGUUGUACUCAUUGUCACUGCAAGCAAAAAGUUCUCAGUCGACUACUGAAACGAGGCUACGACGCAGCCGAGCCGGAACUCAAGAGGAAGAACAUAUUGAGCUCGCAUCUUGACGGCUAUGAAAAAUCAACGAAUGUCAAUCAUUGAAGCUAUUGCGUAAAAAAGAAUUUCGGUGUCUUUGGAGUUCAGUUAUCGUAAGUGUCACUGGCAUGCUCUCGUUUGGAGCCAAGACGCAAAUAUUGAAAACUCUUUUCGGCACAUUCCUUCUGCUGAUCCUUUCAAAAGGAAAAACACUGUGUAUUUUAUUAAUUUCUGACAACUAACCAUAUAUGAAAAGAUUUUAAGCUUAUAAAAAGUUAUUUAAUUUUCGUGGAUUGGUAUUAAUUUUUAAAUUUGUCUAUAUUUUUUAAAAAAAUUCAAGUUAUCGUGCAUCCCUUUUUUAUUAGAAAAGUUGACGAUUAUUUUGAAACAUCUCUUUUUGACCUGUUUUGUUAUUAAAUUUUAUUUAUUUUAUAUCUUUAUUGACUAUGUACUGUUUUUCGAGCUAAAUUAUUGGCUGCAGCUCUCUGCAUUUUUUGCUAGACUUUGUGUUAAAUGCCUUCACACGUAUUCUUUUCAUAAUUGCGUCUAGACACCUUGCCCAUUAGCAAAAAGGAGAUCGUUAAGUUUUAAAAUAUUUAGUCACUAUUUACUUUUUCGAUUUCUGCAUUACAUACAUGUAUAUCUUAUGGCAAUCAUUUUAAAAGAUCUUUUUUUUAUUGUUACGAAUUAUAUAUUACUAUGAGUAUCAUACUUCAAUAGAAACUUCACUUUACGUUAAAUCUAUGAUUUUUACUACAAUCCCGUAGUGAAAUAAGGUUUCUCGUUUCUUUUUAAUUUAUUUAUUUUCGUUACUUUAAAAAAGUAGUUAGAUCCGACUAUAGAAAUAAUUUUUGAAUCAUUGAGUUAACUCCUUUUUUAAAUACAUACCUUCCCUAUAACGAUAUCAAAUAGGGCCCCCGAGGAAUGUCAUCGAAAACUCAAAUUAUCAACAAUUUCAAAUAAUUUCAAAUGAAACUUCUUGAUGUUUCCAUUAGUCUUUACAAUCAAUAAAGCUUGAACGAAGAAAUCAUUUAAGAAUCAUUGAAAAUAUAGUAACAUUUGAUUAAGUUCUCUUUCUUAUCUACACUAAUGGGAAACAUAGGUUAAAUAUAUAGUGUUAUCGAAUGAAUUAAUAUCAUCUGUUUUAAAACCUUUCUUAGAUUUGCACUCACCAACGUAAUGCACUAGAUUUUUAUUGGAACAUGAAUAUCUUAUUGUUUUGAAUAAUCAUUUAUCAGCGUAAAACAACAGAUCUUUGUUACGUUUCAAGCCUACCUGGGUACACUGGAUGAAUUUCAACAGCAGUGGUGCACCGAGCCGGUGCGAUGCGAUGCGAGUCAAUGUUACGUUGUAGCAGAGUUCGGACAAUUUUUGCCUUAUUUGCAUCACUCAAAAUUUUCUUUGUAUCUUGUGAACAAAAGCUUCUUAGUUUUGGUGUUUAAGUAAAUCAUAUAGGUUUUGCCUUUACACUUCGUCAGGAAAAAAAUUCAAAAGUUGAAGCACCAGUAAAUCUUUCUCAUCUCAUAUACUCUCUCCAAGCUAUGCAUUGGUCUUUCCAAAAACUAAUACGUCAUUGGAUAACUUUCCUCCAGUUCACAGGUAUGAGAGGUUUAUUCAUGACAAUAUCGGAAUUGAUCGAUAUAUUUGCUUGUAACUCGUGGCCCCAAAACUGUCUCUACUUUUGUUCCAAUUGGAGUGACAGAUAGCUUUAUUUUUUCAUUGAAUAUGUUACUAAGAUACCGCUUGGGGGAUGUUUUUACCAAAAUAAGACCGGAUUGCCAUCUAUGUUACAAAACAAAUAUGCAUAUGGCCUUGACAAAGGCAGAAAAGCAAAUUUUUUAUAACAUAUUGGCUGAAAGCUUUUUCGUCUGACACUCAUCAGAGCAUAAAACGUCAGAAUAAGUGUCCGAAAAAACACGAUGAAAAAACCCCAGUUGUGGAUCGAAAUAGACUAAUCAAAAAAACGCAAGCACAAGACCGGUAUAGUUGUCCACAGAAAAAUUACCACUGGAGUCCAAGAGAGAAAACUAACUCCUUCUGUCUACACAAUAGCGGCCUUUUCGUUUGUAUGUAGAUCAAUUUCAAAACUGCAGGAUGGUAUUUUUCAAACAGAUUUUUUCAAAGCCAUUUUCAAGUUCUGUCACGCAAAAUUUUUCGUCCAAUAAUGCAAAUUCGUCAGAAAAUAGGCUCUUAGACCCUACCCUGGAAUUUGAUCAUCAGGACGCCCUUGCAACUGCUCUGUCAAUGAUAAAUGAAAUGUGGUUCAAUAGAAAGUGGGAAAUUACUAUAAUACAGGAAUUAAGUGAAAAAUUUCCAGAUUUUUGCAGCAACUGUGCAAAGUAACUUAUCA